AUGAUUACAGACAUGAUUACCCUGGCAGUACUCCUACUCGGGGCUUUACCAAUAGUUCACGCACGCGAAUGCCUCACAAACGAAACAGCCCCCAUCUACGCCGUAUCGCACUCCCUAACCCUAACAAGCCCCGACCAACUCAUCCCACUAGAAGACUGCGAGACGCUAAUCGGCGACAUCGAAAUCGACAUAUCCUUUUCCGGCUCCAUCGUCCUAAACAGCGUGACCAAUUUCACGGGGCAACUCGUAAGUUUCCCAGACGGAUACAAUACCGGGCUGGAAGCUAUCGAGAUGCGCAACCUGCGCACUAUCCAGGUGAUUCGAUUGAACAGAAUCCAGGGACUGCGAAGCAUCCAGAUGCCGCGGCUGGAGGAAGUUUCCGGGAAAUUGGAUUUCAGCCAGGAGGCUGAAGAUGCCUGGAUGGAUUUUUCGGCGUUGAGGAGUUUUCUUAUGAGUAGUAUGACUGGGACGUGGACGAAUGUCUCCUUUCCUUCCCUCGAAAAAGUCACUUCUAGCUUGGUAAUCUUCACUGCUCCAUCUACGGAUAUUGUAAACGACAGGGCCGCGGUGGAUAUAGACCUUCCUGCUCUUGUGAGCGUACGAGAUCUGGUGGUCGAGGGCCGUAUCCGAAGUCUGUCAACUCCUAAGCUCGAAAGGCUGGGAAAAACAGAGGAAGACGCCCGGCCACUAGAGGUCUCCCAGGGAGGACUGCUUGUUGUAUCGAACCAUACCGACAUGUCAGGGGUGUUUCUGCCCUCGCUUGAAACACUUCAUGGCCGGGUUGACCUUGUCGGGCAUAUACCAACUAUCGACCUAUAUGGUCUGAAAUCCACAGACGCUGCAAUCACCGUGAAUGCCUCUUCACCAGUGGAGAUUUACUCCGCCAUUGAACAAGCCGGGGAUAUAGCUUUACGAGGUGAUCUCGCAGUAGUAAACUUCACAAACCUCACCCGCGCCGCAAACCUCGACAUCAAUUCCGGUAUCGAAGCCCACUGCUCAGCGAGCCUCAUCCACGCAUACAGAAACAUCAAUUACCCCAAUGAACCGUCCUUCUGCGACGCCGAGAGUCUCGCCCUUGCAGGCAAGACCGUCUACACCGGCAGUAACGCACAAUCUCCAUCACCAACCCCGUUAUCCACCCCAACACCGUAUUACAAUCCCUUGCCCUCGCGUAGUGGGAGGCUGAGUUCCGUGGCUGAAGCGGUGAUCGCCAUAGCGGUGAUUGCGGCUGUUGGGUGUCUAAUUGGCAUUUUUCUUCGAUGGAGAUAUAACAUGAAGAAGUUUAAGGCUGCUGCUACUUCUACUACUACUACUCCGGCCGUGGUUGGUGGGCCGGAUACUGACGUCCUGCCGCGGCAUUCAGCAGAUGAUCCUCCGCCGCAGUAUUCCAAAGAGCCGUAG